UCACACCCACCCACCCAAACACUGCUUCCUUACUCACUCCAGAACCUACCCCUUCUGACACGUGUAUGUGUCUUUUUGUUAUCAACUUAAAUCUUAGAAACUAGGACUCUGGAGAAAAGAAAGCAACUGGGGAAUGGGUGUGUGGCAAAAUUACAAGCCUGUAGUGGCCAUGUUAGGAUUGCAGUUCAUAUAUGCAGUUUUAUCUCUCUCCGCAAGAGCUGUUACACUGCGAGGGAUGAGUCCCACAGUGAUUGUCGUCUACAGGCAAGCAGUAGCAACUUUGGAGGAGGACGUCAACUGGAGCUACAUUGGGAUUAAGAAGUUUUUCCUUGAUAUUUGUAACCGCACUCAUUGGAUAAGGAUGGGAGGCAUGGAUUUCUCCAAGCCUGCCUUGGCCAUGAUCGGAUUACAGUUCACUUAUGCAGGGGUUGCUCUUUUCACAAGAGCUGCUUUUCUACAAGGGUUGAGUCCCAGGAUCUUUGUUGUUUACAGGCAGGGCAUAGCAACCUUGAUGGUUGCACCAGUAGCUUAUGUCUCAAGAAGGAAAAAUUCAUGCAGGACUAAUUUGGGAUUGAAGGGUUUUGGUUGGAUAUUUCUUGCCUCCCUUAUUGGCGUAACCGCAAAUCAGAAUGCCUACUUUGAGGGUAUAUACAGGUCCUCUUCAACAAUAGCUAGUGCCAUGAUUAAUCUAAUCCCAGCAGUCACCUUUCUUCUGGCUACAUUUUUCGGGUUGGAGAAAGUCAAUAUUCGAAGCUUGAGAAGCAUAGCCAAGAUACUAGGAACAAUCAUCUGUGUGAGUGGAGCUAUCUGUAUGGCAUUGCUCAAAGGUCCAAAGCUGCUGAACGCUGAAUUCCAUCUUCCAAAGUCUCUCUUUAGAUCAGAAGGAGAAAAUUGGCUGCUCGGCUGUCUUCUCCUCCUUGGGAGUAGCUUUUUCUGGUCAUUUUGGAUAAUCUUACAGGUUCGUAUCUCAGCAAACUGUCCAGAUCAUCUAUAUACAUCUACUUGGAUGUGUUUCUUGGCCACAUUAGAAUCCGCAGCAGUGGCAUUUUUUGCAGGGGAAAAUCCAGAGGCCUGGAGCCUUAAUUCAAUGCUUGAACUUGGUUGUUGUUUGUACACAGGUAUUGUAUCGGCUGUGUCAUUUUUUGUUCAAGCCUGGUGCAUUUCACAAAGAGGUCCACUCUUUGCUGCCAUGUUUAAUCCUUUAUGCACGAUUAUUGUCACCAUCUUUGCUGCUUUAUUCCUACACGAGGAGACAUAUAUUGGGGGCCUACUUGGUGCUUUCGCUGUGAUAAUUGGAUUGUACAUUGUCCUAUGGGGAAAAGCUCAAGACCUUGAAGAGGUCAAACAAGGCAUGGAUUCAAAGCAAGUCCUAAAAGAUGAAUCCUUGGAUAAGAGGAUCUGCAAAGUUGAUCUUGAAGAACCACUUCUGGCUUAGAAACCAAGAAUAAAUAGAAAAUGUUCAA